AUGCCGUCCCGUGACAAGGGAUUCGCUGAUGCACCGAACCCUUCCCUGGAGAUCUCGGAGCAUGAAGGCAGCGACAGCGAGUCGUCCGAUGGCCAGGCUGAGAAAUCUCGAUGUUGCCCGUCCAAGCAGAAGCUCAUGUUCCCUGUGGGUGUGGCCUUGCUGCUGGGUGUCGUGCUGGCGUUGAUCGUUUGGCUCAUCACUCAGCAACAAGGUGGCUCCAAGUGCCGAGGCUUCGAAAAGUGUCCCGAGUAUCCGUUGCCUUAUGCCUUCGGGACCUGGCCCAAAACCUACAACUACACUGGGCGCUUUCCUGAUGGCUUUGUCUGGGGUGUGGGUACCGCGUCCUACCAAGUUGAAGGUGCGUACAGAGAAGGUGGCAGGGGUGUGUCGAUUUGGGACACUUUCACAGGGGCCAACACGAUUGACAUGCCAGGGGGCAACUGCAGCUACUGUUGCAAAUCUACACCAUGCACGCCCAACGAGCACAUGGUAGACAAAGGCGCGACUGGCAACGUUGCCACAAACAGCUACCACCUGUUCCGAACAGACAUCGCCCUGAUGAAGUCGAUGGGCUUGAAGCAUUACAGGUUUAGCAUUGCGUGGCCCCGCAUCUUCCCAACGGGUAGCGCCACCGGAGAGCCAAAUGCCGAGGGCGUCCGCUGGUACAAUACCUUCCUUGACGAACUCCUAGCUGCUGGGAUCCAGCCAUAUGUGACUCUGUACCAUUGGGACCUGCCACAAGCGCUGCUGAGCCCGCCAGAACUCAGUGGAUGGUGGGCCCGGGACAAGGACGGCAAGCCUGUAGGCCAGAUCCUCCCAAACUGGAAGCACUACGUUGACACCUGCUUCCGAUCUUUCGGCGACAAGGUAAAAGUCUGGGUGACGUUCAACGAGCCUUGGACCAGUACAAAGCUGGCCAGUGGUAGCGGCAAGGCUCCAAGCAUUGCGCCUUUCAUGAAUGCAUCGUUGGAUCCAUACAUAGCCGCGCACAACAUGUUGAACGCGCAUGCGGCGGCAGUGGAGAUCUAUCGUGGAAAGUACCAGAAAUCGCAAGGGGGAAUCAUAGGCAUCACGAACAACCAAGAUUGGAGAGAGCCGAAGACGGACAGCUUGGAAGACAUUGCAGCGGCCGAGCGGGCAAUUCUUUUCCAGCUGGGCUGGUUCUCGGAGCCCAUUUUUGGUGCUUAUGGGGAUUAUCCUCCCGAAAUGCGAGCUGUAUUUGGAGACAAUUUGCCCAAGUUCACCGACGCCGAGAAAAAGCUUCUGAAAGGCAGUGCGGACUUCUUCGGGUUGAAUCACUACUCCACUGGUUGGUAUGCCGCCACCGAGGAGCCAGGCUGGGACAUGACGUACGGCGUGUCAAGCGAGGAUGGCUUCAUUCGGGCCCAAUCUACCUGGCUCUACGGUGCUGGCUGGGGACUGCGCAAGCUGCUAAACUGGGUGAAGAGGCGCUACAACCCUGUCAUCUACGUCACGGAGAACGGCUGGUCGAUAGGUGCGAAGACGGCUGAGCAAGCAGCCAACGACACAAGCCGGGUGAUGUACUACGCCAACUACACCACUGAGGUUCUGUCUGCCAUCAGGCAGGAUGGUGUUGAUGUUCGUGGCUACUUCGCCUGGUCCUUGCUGGAUAACUUCGAGUGGGAGAUGGGAUAUCCGAUUCGAUUUGGCACCGCCUAUGUCGACUACAAUCCAGGGCUAGAUUCUGAUGCGCCGCUGCCGAACACACAUGUGCCGACUGCGGGCUUCCAGCUCCGUCGCCGGAAGGAUUCCAGCUGCUACUUGGAGCAGGUGUGGCGAGAGAACAUGAUGAUGCCCCCGAACGGGGUGGCAUCUUGUGUGCAGCCUGGAAUCUUCCAGGGGCGCUACCGUGAUGUCACACAGCCCGGCUGCCAGCGGCUUGUUGAUGUCUACGUUCCGCCCACGUCUGGAAAGAUUUCUGGGACUCGACCAGGACCCGGCAGGACGUCGUGCGAUAACGUCACUGACAUCACCUAUGGCCCAGCCUCAGUGACCAUAAGCGGCAGCACUGUUGUUUGCAGAGGCUGCCGGUCCGGAUCCUCGCAGGGCUUCUGGUCUGCUGGCAGCCUCGGGAUUGAAUGGGAUGAUGGUGCUCUUUGGCAAAAGGUGAUAUGA